CCUAGCCCACCCCCAAGCGCCCACAGUUCUUGAGACACGGCCUUAAAAGCAAGAACGCGUUGCAGGGUUGUCCUCCUUGGCCUCCUCCCUGCAUGCACAUGGUUGUAGUCGUCCUUUCAACAUUCUCAUUCACCCCGCACGUACAGAAUCGGAUGACAGUAGUGAGGAGAUCCUUCCACAUCAUGUCCACUCCUGCGUAUUCCCAUGUCCCCGUCCCCUGCAUUUUUCGAACACAACCGGGGCUCGCGAUGGGAUCGGCCGAGCCAGAGCACGGGAAGGAGAAGUUCACACUCACAGGGCGUCUCCGCAAUGCUGUAGCAGAAGAGAGCUCUGGAGGAGGCUGGCUGACGACCCGUUUACCAUUCGUACCGGAGCAAAGCGGAGCUAUAUCUAUCUUACAUAGCUGGUCACUGCUUGAUUUCUUCAGUCUCUGACGAACGAUCACUUACUUCCUUCGUUACCUUGCCUUCUCCUCCCUCAUAAGAUGAUCCCCUCCGUGAUCUCCUCCAAGCCUGGGGCUCUCGCUCCCCUCUCUACUGCUCUGCCGGAUCUCCCUCCCAGCGAGGACUUCACGGAAUGGCAAUGGAACACGUUGCUGGCGAUCAUGGAUGCCGUGGUACCAUCAGUGCGAAGAGGCACGGCGACCAAAGACAACAACCAGCUUUCCAUCUCAGACGCAGAGUAUGCGAAGAUGGUCGAACACUUGCAGAAGAAUGUCGUUGAGGCUCCGAACACUGCCGAGCUAGAUGCGUACUUGCUAGAGAGGCCGUCGGACAACCCGCGCUUCCAGUCGUUGUUGAAGCGGACGUUGGUGGUGCAUACGAGCGAGACGGCGAGGAAGAAACUCUCGCUAGUCUUGUUCCUCUUAACCACCCGUGUCGGCUCCCUCAUCCUGACCGGCUCCUCUACCCCCUUCCUCCAGCAGUCCCUCGCCAUCCGCGAAGCCUGCCUCGAUCGCUGGCGCCUCUCCUACAUCCCCGCCCUGAACGGCUUCCACAAGCAGAUGACCGGCGCCGCUAAGAACCUAUGGCUCAAGACCAGCCUCAGCUACUACAAGAUUAGCGGGUUCCCAUCGUACCCCAGCGACAUAGAGCGAGGAACGCUCUUCGAAUAUGAGUUCCUGAAGUUUGCAGCCGGCGACAAGCCAGAGGUCAUCGAGACGGACGUGGUGAUUGUAGGAUCGGGAUGCGGCGGCGGCGUGUGUGCGAAGAAUCUGGCUGAGACGGGACAUAAGGUUCUGGUUGUGGAUAAAUCGCACUUCUAUCCUACGGAGGCGUUCCCCAUGACAGAGGAGGAGGGCCCGGUUCACCUAUUUGACAAUGGAGGAUCGACGUUCAGCGACGACGGGUCGACUGCUGUGAUUUCCGGCAGUACCUGGGGCGGCGGCGGCACGGUCAACUGGUCUGCUUCUCUGCAGACCCAGGGCUUUGUGCGGAAGGAGUGGGCACAGGAUCGAGGACUGACCUUCUUCGAGACCUCCGAGUUUCAGACCUGCUUGGACCGCGUGUGCCAUAAGAUGGGCGUCUCGGCGGACCAUAUCAAACAUAACCACGGUAAUCGUGUCCUCCUAGACGGUGCGAGGAAGCUGGGCUAUGCAGCCAAGGCAGUCCCCCAGAACACUGGCAACAGCGAGCACUAUUGUGGACACUGCUCGUUGGGAUGCGCCUCCGCCCAGAAGCAAGGCCCUACCGUCGCCUGGCUCCCUGAUGCUGCUCGAGCUGGCGCCAAGUUCAUAGAGGGCUUUACCGCAGACCGCGUGCUCUUCGACGAGUCAAGCGGCCGAAAGACCGCCACUGGGGUCGAGGGCACGUGGACUUCGAGAAACAGCCGCGGGGGCGUCGACGGCCCCAUCUCUGACCGCACGGUCAGGAAGGUCAUCAUCAAGGCCAAGAAGGUCGUUGUAUCUUGCGGGGCGCUGUGGAGUCCGAUCCUGCUGCUGCAGAGCGGUCUGAAGAACCAACAUAUCGGACGCCACCUGUACCUCCAUCCGGUCAACAUAAUGGGCGCCAUCUUUAAGGAGGACGUGCGGCCUUGGGAGGGUGGGAUCCUCACAUCCGUCGUCUCCUCCUUUGAGGAUCUCGACGGCCACGGUCAUGGCACCAAGCUUGAGGCUCUGGUCAUGCUCCCAUCCUUCGCCCUGAGUCUAUCUAAUGUUGCCAAGGGCCUCGACUUCAAGAAGCUCGCCCUCAAGUUCCGUCACGCCAGCUGCUGGAUUUCUCUCGCCCGCGACCGCGACAGCGGCCGUGUCUUUCCCGACCCCGUCACCGGCGGCAUCCGCAUCGAAUACACCCCCAGCGCCUUCGAUCGCCAGCACAUCCUGACUGGCUGUAUCGCCCUGGCUAAGAUUGCUUACGUCGAGGGCGCCACGGAGAUCUUCGCCGGUAUCCCCGGCGUCGCACCCUUCAUCCGCAACCCAGAAGAUUCUUCCACCCCAUCCUCCCCCGCAGACGACAUCGACCCUGGCGUCACUGACCCGUGCUUCCAAGCGUGGCUCACGGAUCUCCAACGUGCCGGCAACAAGCCUCCCGGUGCGAUAUUCGCUUCCGCGCAUCAGAUGGGCACGAACCGCAUGUCCGUCCACGAGCGCGACGGUGUCGUAGAUUCCAAGGGCAGGGUCUGGGGCACUGAUGGGUUGUACAUCAGUGAUACCAGCGUGUUUCCCAGUGCCAGUGGUGUCAAUCCCAUGGUGACUAACAUGGCGAUUAGUGAUUGGAUCUCGAUGAACAUAAGCAAGGAAUUGAUGAGCGCGAAUGGGAUGUCGGCAAGGCUGUAAGGGCGGGCCCAGCUGUAAUUAUGCCC